UAUAAAGACAUAAAUUUUGGAGAAUUUUUAAACAGAAGAAAUAAUGAUGUUAGAAAAAAAGCACCUUAUAACACUAUUAUUAGUAGUGGCUUUGGCCUCGUCUAAUUUUGGACUAAUUUCUAUUGAGAAUAUUAAAUCUAAUUCCGAUAGAACAGAUAAUGAAGAACUUCUUGAAAUAAAUAUUGAGCAGAGUUGUAAUCGUAUGAGAAAGGACAUGAAAUUGAGCCUUAAGGGAAGAGUUGUUAAGCUAAGCGACCUCGAUUUUCAAUUAUGUAAUAAUCCUAAAGUAAUUGAAAUAUUCGCAAAACAGAAAGUAAUUAUUGACUUGGACUUGAAACUUAUUGGAAAAGAAGUUCAAUUGAUAAUUAUAGCUCCCAUAUGGGAAAUUAUUUCAUAUCCAGAUGUAUUUCCUAGAACUAGAUUAAUUAAUUUGAAUGGUAUAAAUGGUACAGAUUUUAAUGAAACACGAGCAAAAAAUGGCACAAUGAAUGGAAAUAGAAAUGGUGCUAAUGGUUUUGCUGGGAAACCAGGAGGACCUGCUGGAAGCUUUUAUGGAAUUGCGGACAAAAUUAUAAAUGCAGAAAAUUUAAUUAUUUUAGCAAAUGGAGGUAGGGGAGGAAAUGGACAAGGUGGUGGACAUGGGGCUAAAGGUGCCGACGGAUUUACUUAUAAUGACAAACCUAAUAUUCCUUGUUCAGGCGAAGUGAAUGGAUGGAAUUCUACAGUAUAUGAGGGAAAAUAUGAUAAAAUAGUUGGAAAGUAUCAACCACAGUACGAUAAUGGGAUAAAAUAUACAGUAUUAGGAAAGUCUGGAAAAGUUGGUGGAAGCGGAGGUCAUGGAGGUGUUGGUGGGAAAAGUGGAAAAAAAGGCAAUGUCAAUAUUUUCGAGAUUUCAAAUAAUGAUAAAAGUCUUUUUCAUUUAUCCGCAAUAGAUGGUGAACAAGGAUUAGAUGGUGAUGGUGGAUGGGUUGGUUUGGGUGGUAAAAAUGGUUUAAAUGUUAGAACGAUUUUAAAUUGUUAUUUCAAUCAAAGAUUAUCAAUAAGUAUUGAAAAAUUAGAUGAUGAUACUAGUUCUGCUAUUUAUGGUACAGAAGGAAAAUCCGGCGCCAGUUUAAAAAGACAAAUAGAUGCAGAGAGUUCACAUAGUGAGAACAGUUUUCCAAGUUCACUGAAUAAAUAUAAAAUUUAUAUAAGAGAACAUUUGGCAAAUUCAAACAUAAUGGAUAAUGAUAUGCUAUGGUCAUUCUAUAAUAAUUUAAAUAUUCAAGAAAAUAUAAAUAAAAUGUACAAUACAGUCAAUUUAGUUGAAGAUUUUAUAGGAUUGGAAAAACAAUUUCUUUCUCUAAAUAAGCAAAUAAAUUUCACCUCGUCAUAUGAACAAUUGCAAAAGCGAAUUGUUAUGUAUGAAAAGAAUCCUAUAAAACAGGAAAAUACUUCAGAAUACAAAAACAUUCUCAAGGAAUUAAAUAAUAAUGUCAAAGGUAGAAUUGAAUCUAUUCAAUUAUUGCAUUCGAACUACGAUGUUAAUAGAGAUUUAAAAAAAACAGCUGAUCUUGGUUUAAAACCACUGAUAAAGGAUUUAGUAAAUUUUAGAAAAACUAAUGAUAUUCUACGACUUCUUAACAAUUAUAUUUUUUCAUUGGAAGAAAAAAUGGCAGAUGGUAAAAAUUUGAUUAAUAAAGUGGCACUUAAUUCUGUUUGGGAGACAGAGGAUAUGUUAGACCAAGAAAUGGAUACUUUACUUACAGAAAUAAUAGACUUGGAGGAUCGAGCAAUCGCUAACAGAGAUGAAUUAAUAGAAAGUCGUGAUAAGUUGCAAGGCAUUAUUCGGCUUAAAGUACUAUUUGGAGUUUUGAAAGUGGGUUGCGGAGUACUGGGAGUUAUGAAUCCUUUAUUAGGUACAGUAGCUACAUCUGCUACAACAGUUAUCGAAGCAUUUGCAACUGGUGGAGCCAAAGAACAAGUAGCCGUUUUACCAAAAGCUUUUGAUAGUUUGGCUAAUGCAUCAUUAAAGUAUUUUACAGACAUGAAGGUAAAACAAGAGAAGAUCAUUAAACAACAGGAAAUAUUUGUGAAAAAUCAAAAAGAAUCUACAACAAUUUAUGGCGCUGAUGUAAUCGAUCAAGUGUGGGAAACAUCAAGACAAUAUAGGCAAUAUGAUGAGAGAGAAAUGCAAAAUCCAAAAUUAACGGCACAUGCCAUGAUGAUAGGAUAUGCUAAGAAAGAGACUGAAUUAACUACAGAAUUAGAUAAGCUAAAGGAACCAGGUACAGAAGUUGAUAAAAAUGUAAAAAAAGGUAUCGAAAUAGGAUUAAAUGUAACAAAAUAUUUAAAAGCAACUUCUGCAAUUUUUACAACUGCAUCAGAAACAGCUCUCAAUAUUAUGAAAGAUAAAGAAAGAGUCAAAGAAAUUAAUGCAGCAAUUACCAAAAAUCAGACAAUUAUAGAUAAACUCUAUUCGUUAGAAGAGAGUAUUUAUUCUGAAGUGAUGCCAGUUUUUUCUGGUAUGAAGACAAAUUUGAAUAAUUUUAAGCAUGGACAAGAAAACAUGACUGAAUUUCAACAACAAGUUGCAAAAUGGAAUAUGACCGGUAUAAUUAAGGACAUACAGCGUCAUUUGAAUAAUGUGACUAAAAAUUUUAAUGUAAAUGAGGGAUUGAAUUUUGCGUUUAACGAACUCAUAAGAGAUUUUGACUUAAUGUUUGAUUUAUACGAAUCAUUGUUAAAAGGCAAAGAGAAGAAAAGAGAUAAAAUUUAUUUAACCAAUCUUCACAUUGCUCACAAUGAUCAUGUCAGUAAUUUGUUGAUUACUGAUUCUCAAGUGCAAAAUGCUAUUUCAGAAUUGCAAGUUGUUAGAAUGUCAAAUGACGUAGUUUUAAAAUAUAAAGAAUGGUAUUAUGAGUUUAAACAAUAUGCAUUCCCUUAUACUGAAAAUGAUUUAAAUAAAUUACCAAAUUUGGAUAUUCUUACAAAGGAAAGUUACAAUGAACUUGCAAAUUUGAUAGUUAAAAAUGAAAAUUUAAUAAUCGAAAAGUCUGUUUCUACUAAAGUUAUAGAUCAUAGAAAAACAGCACUUUUCAGGGGUUCUAAUUAUCAAGAUGAUAGAGAAAAAUUUUCUUUCUACAUUUGGAAAAAUAAGGACAAUAAUCAAGCGAUAGUUGAUAUUUUAAAUGGCAAAAAAGUAACAUUAGUUGCAGAUAUUAAUAAAAAUGAUUUGGAUUACAAUGCUGUAAAAUUUAAAAGUAUCAAAAUAUUAUUUACCACCCAUACUGCGAAUAUGCAAGAAGAAUUAAAUAAACUAUUAAACAAUUUUGAUGUAAAUAUGACGCAUCAUGGUGAUUCUAAGUAUAAAUAUGGUAAUGACAUUUAUGAAAUUAAAAAUUCUCCAACGUCAAUAUUUGUUAAUUAUGAAUUAAAUUAUAAUGACCGGAAUACAUUUUUGGCUUCGGAUAUCGCCAAUAAACCAUAUAUGUUAAGUCCAUAUGCAACAUGGUCUAUUCAACUAUCGCCAGUACAGAAAAAUCAUAAAUUCCAAUAUUUACAGAACUAUACAAAAUUAGUCGAUAUGGAACUUAUAGGUUAUGCUCAAUUUUUGGAUAAUUCUGAAUGUGACUCAACAUGUAAAGAUAGAAUGAAAGAAUAUUAUACACUUUUAUAAAUAAUUGGUAAAUAUAUAUGUAUAACUGUGUGUCUUUUGAUAUAAGUGUGUGUAUAACAUUAUGUAUAAUGUUACAUUAGAUACAUUAGAUCUGUCAGAAGGUUUGUAUUGUUGAAUUAAAAAUUACCUAAUCUUUUUAGCAGAAUUUUAUAAAGUAGAUUUUAUUUUAUAAUGAAACUAAUUUUUAUAUCUAAGAAAUUUUAUUAAAGAGUAUUGAACAGUCUCUAAAAUUCUAUGGCAAAGAGAGAUCUUUAAUUAUCGUCCUAUAAAAACAGAACCGAAUAUGAAAAUGAUAAACAUUGAUUUUAAAAUACUUUUUUCUCAAAAACUCGGAUACUUUUUACAAAAUCGGCCAAAACACCAAGGAUCGUUAUUUUAUAAAUUUUGUAAAUCCAAAAGAUUUUGCGAAUCCAUACAAAAACGCGAUUGCAAAACGAAAAGUAGGAAAGUAAUAUAAUAACAGGGUGCGACUUUGUGCACCUACCAAUCUUUGAUGCUUCUGCCAUCUGACGGCGGCAAGACGUAAUAAACCAGUCGUUAUAUUACUUUCCUAGAUUUCGUUUUGCAAUCGCGUUUUUGUAUGGAUUUACACAAUCUUUCGGAUUUAGGAAAUUUAUAAGAUAAGAUUCACUUGACUAGUUAGUUAAAUUUACAAUUUAGUUAAUUAUAAAUAGAAAUUAUUCGCUAUGAAAAUUUGGCUCAUUAUAAAAUCUAUUUUAUAAAAUUCUGCUAAAAAAAAUUCGAUAAUGUGCGAUUCCAAGUGAGAUUUUGACUUUUUCGGAGUAGGUUAACCGAUUGCAAUGAAACUUUGGAAUUUUGUUAUAUAAAGUAAGACUAAUCUUUAACGUAAAUUUCAGCCUAAAAUAUUUGUUAGUUUACGAGAUUUGCAAUAAUAACAAAAAAUUUAAAACUGCUAUAUCUUCCGUUCUAAUAAACGGAUUGAGGUCUACUUUUUUUUAAAAUGUCAAGGAAAAUGAGAGGAAUAAAUCUCUUUCAGAACAUUUUUUUAUAAUUUUACAACUAAAAAAAUUAUUAAAUAAUAAUUGAAUAACUUUCGCGCGACUAACUAAAAUUCAAUCACUUAAACGCUAAAAUGAUCUUACCUGUGUUUUCUUU